ACCGCAACUGGGCCCCGCCCCAGACCUAGACGCGAAAGACCAGAGACAGCCAAUUGCUAUUCGGAUUGACAUCACUUGUGUGUAUUAUUGUUAUUGCCCUGUUCCAGUAUGGCGGCUCUUCCGGAGACAGCCAGACGACUGGGGCGGGUCAAACUGUGAAAGCUACCGGGAGCCGAGAGGUACAGGGCAAGAGCCAGGCCCAGAGCGGAGUAAUACGUGGGAAGGGAAGCUGUGCAGGACCUGGCACAUCUCUGGAGACUUAACAUGCGGUUUGGUUAGGGGAAAAGGGAGCCCGGACGGAUUUAAGGAUGAUCCCAAAGGAGCCUUGUCUUGAUGAAAGGAAUAGAAAAGAGGAUGUUGUUAACUGCAUUUUAAAGGCUAGUCUUUCCGUAUGGGGAUGGGGAAGUCUUGGUGUUGUGCUGUUCCUGAUUAAGUUUGGACCUUUUGCUAUAUUCUACUUUGCCUUUUACAUACUAUGCUUUGUUGGAGGAGGUUUUGUAGUGACUAUCCUUUUUGGCAAAACAAGUUCAGAACGAUACUUAGAAAGGUGUGAGCAUUCCUUUCUACCAUCAACAUCAACUGGCAUUCCUAAGUGUUUGGAAGAAAUUAAACGUGAACCUAGAACAAUUAAGAUUGACAGAAGAAUAACAGGUGCCAGUAUGAUUGAUGAGCCCCUGCAGCAGGUGAUACAGUUUUCAUUGAGGGAUUAUGUCCAGUACUGGUAUUACACACUAAGUGAAGAUGAAUCUUUUCUCCUUGAAAUCAGGCAGACUGUCCAGAAUGCGCUUGUACAGUUUUCUACUAGGUCAAAAGAAAUCGACUGGCAGCCUUAUUUUACCACCCGUUUAGUUGAUGACUUUGCCACUCAUCUUCGAGUGUUCAGAAAAGCGCAACAAAAAAUGGCAGAAAAGGAAGAUCAAAAGAAAGAUAAAGCUGAAGAUUUUAUAGAUACUUUCUUUGAAGUUGAAGUUGAAAUGGAAAAAUGUGUAUGUCGUGACCUUGUCUGCACUUCAUCCAAAGAUGAGGAAGGGUGCCUAAAGGAUUUAUGUGAAGUUUUACUGUAUUUAUUGCUACCUCCUGGAGACUUCCAGAAUAAAAUCAUGCGAUAUUUUGUGAGGGAAAUCCUUUCACGAGGAAUUCUUCUUCCUUUAAUAAACCAGCUCAGUGAUCCUGAUUAUAUUAAUCAAUAUAUCAUUUGGAUGAUUCAUGACUUCAGUUGCAACUAUGAGGCCUUUAUGAAUGUUAUUAAAUUAAGUGGCAAUAUAAGUGAAUUGGAAGCUGUGAGAGACAAAGCUGCAGAAGAACUGCAGUAUCUUCGUUCUUUGGAUACUGUUGGAGAUGAUAUCAACACUAUAAAAAAUCAGAUAAACAGCUUACUCUUUGUAAAGAAAGUAUGUGAAACAAGAAUACAGAGAUUGCAGUCGGGGAAAGAAAUUGACACUGUGAAGUUGGCUGCAAACUUUGGAAAACUUUGCACAGUCCCCUUGGACAAAAUUCUUGUAGACAAUGUUGCACUACAGUUUUUUAUGGAUUUUAUGCAGCAGACUGGAGGGCAAGCACAUCUCUUCUUCUGGCUGACAGUAGAAGGAUACCGGGUCACAGCGCAGCAGCAGCUUGAAGUGUUGCACAGUCGACAAAGGGAUGGGAAGCACCAAACCAAUCAAACAAAAGGCUUGUUAAAAGCCGCAGCAUUUGGAGUGUAUGAACAGUAUUUAUCUGAGAAGGCAUCACCUAGAGUCCAUAUUGAUGACUACUUAUUAGCAAAGCUUGAAGAGAAAUUGAACAGCGAGGACCCAACACCUGAAAUUUUUGAUGACAUACAGAGAAAGGUUUACGACAUGAUGCUGCGCAAUGAGAGAUUUUACCCAUCCUUCCGUCAGAAUACUCUCUAUAUCCGAAUGCUGGCAGAGCUCGACAUGUUAAAGGAGCCAAGUUUUAAAGGGUCAGAUGAUGGAGAUGGAGAAUCUUUCAAUGGGUCACCUAAUGGAAGUAUACAUUCGUCUCUAGAUGACCUGACCAGCUCCGACGAGCUAUUACAGAUUAAUGCUUUUAUUUCUGACACUGGAGUUUGUAAUGAACAUGGCAAAACCUAUGCACUGUACGCCAUCACUGUCCAGCGGCGAGCCUUAGACAGCAUGGAAGACAUGUGGAAAACGUAUCGCCGUUACAGUGACUUUCAUGACUUCCACAUGCGAAUCACUGAGCAGUUUGAGAACCUCGCAAGCCUUUUGAAGCUGCCUGGGAAGAAGACGUUUAACAAUAUGGAUAAAGAAUUUCUAGAGAAGCGGAGAAACGACUUAAAUGCAUAUUUACAGCUGCUACUGAAUCCAGAGAUAGUGAAAGCGAGCCCUGCACUUGCUCAUUAUGUAUUUGACUUCCUUGAGAACAAAGCCUACAGUAAAGGGAAAGGAGACUUUGCAAGGAAGAUGGAUACAUUUGUUAAUCCUCUGAGGAACUCAAUGAGGAAUGUCUCCAACGCGGUUAAGUCAAUCCCUGAUAGUUUAGCUGAAGGGAUGAAUAAAAUGUCUGAUAACAUGGGGAAAAUGUCAGAAAAAAUUGGACAAGAUAUAAAACACUCCUUCUUUAAGGCUCCAAUUCUUGUACCAAAAACUGAUGCAUUUCCAGAAAACUAUCGAGUUUCGGCACAACUGGAUGACAAUGUCGACGACAAUAUUCCACUGAGAGUGAUGCUUCUUCUUAUGGAUGAAGUUUUCGACUUGAAAGAAAGGAAUCAGUGGUUAAGAAGACAAAUUACAAGCCUUCUCCAGCAGCUCAUAAGAGCAACUUAUGGAGACACCAUCAAUAGAAAAAUUGUUGAUCAUGUGCAGUAUAUGACGUCCCCAGACCAAGUAGCAGAUUAUGUAAAACAGUUCAGAGAAUCAUUUUGGCCAAAUGGAAUAUUAGCAGAAGCAUCUCUACGCAGAGACCGGAGUAUUCGAAUGAGAACUAGAGUGGCAGCAAAGACCAAGCUGCUUGAAAUAAUGCCAGAUGAACUAAAGCAUAUCAUUGGUGCUGAAACAACUCGGAAAGGCAUACUGCGGGUGUUUGAAAUGUUUCAGUACAACCAGCUGAACAGGAGACUUGUGUAUGUUUUUUUAGAGGGCUUCCUGGAAACCUUAUUUCCACAGUAUAAGUUCCGCGAGCUUUUCUAUAAACUCCAUUCUCGGUCAGAGCGCAUGCAAAAAUAUAAACUGAGACCACAGCCUUCUCAAGCGCCUUCUUUGCAGAAAAGGUGACACUACAAUUUGCCGAGAGGUGCCCUAAGAAACUCUUCAGUGUUUGAUCCAGGCAUUCCUGACUGUAGCUUGGGUAUGAUUGCCGGGGCUUCAAUACACCUACUUAGGUUUCUGCUCCAAUCAUAUAGUGUCAUAUUUAAUACUAAUGCAUCCAGACGUGUGGUCCUUUCUCAUCCUUGCCUUCUGUGCAACAAUCAUCAGAUUGUGUUUCUCUGUCUUAAAUGAUUUGGUGCAUCUGCAAUACUGAGGAGCAGGGUGGCUUUGUCGUUUUCAGUAUGCGGAACCAGCUAAUCUUGGGUUCUGACCAUAAAGAGCUGGAGUAGAUCGAGUCCUAGUUGUCCAGUCCAGAGGAAGUGCCAGACUGUAUUUUUCUACACAAAGUACAAGCACAAUUACAGUGGUAUACUGGAGAACUGAGCUAGGUUUUAUUCAGACUGGGAUAUUGUGCAAUUACCUUUUUGGUUAGAUAUCAAGACUCUUCAAUCAAGACAUGGAAGGUCUGAGUAAACCUUGCUGUGUAUUGGGAUGUAAGAUUAAAUGUCAUUGUGGUAGAGGAAUGGCAAUAACACUCAAAGAUAUCCACAGGUCUUAAGCUGUCUACAAAGUACAGCCCAUGAUUGUCAUAUGAACUAUAAUUGUAAACUUUUAGAGGCUCCAAAACCAAAUGGGUCUCAUGCUGUCUCCAAAGGACAGCCUACAAUUGUCAUAUGAACCAUAAAUGUAACAUUUAGAGGCUCCAUAACCAAAUGAGAUAGCUGUCUCCAAAGGCCAGUCAUCCAUUGUCAUAUGAAACAUAAAUCUUGACCUUUAGAGGCUUCAUAGAUAAAUGGGCGGCUUACCCCUGGACACCAACAUAAAGGCCUGUGGUAGCGUGCUUCAUUUACAAAACAUUGCUCUUUUUCUGCCUUUUCAUUAGUUUAAAUUAUCAUCUUAGUUAGUAAACUGCCCAAUGAAUGGGCUUUGGGCAGACUAUAAUCCAUACUACUGAUGGAUUGUAGACUUAAGAAUCUAGAAGUGGCUUGCAGCCGCUGUGCGAGCACCAUGGUGUUGUUUGUCUUUACUGAGUAAAGAACUAUUUGGCAGAGUUGCACUUGCAAAAUACCUGUUUAUCUUGAAAAGAAACUCCACUUUGAUUGAAUAAACUUUUAUUAUUUUUUUAUUAUUAUAUUUACUCCACAAGUAACACGCAACAAGCCGUCAUGGGGUUUAACAUUAAAAAUAGACAGUCCUUGACUGGUUGUUUGUAUCACACAGAAAAGAAAAUUGACACUAUUUGUGUUCUGUAAGCUCAUAUCAAUCCAAAUGAUGAGAAAUUUAUGUGCAACCUUCACACUCCAGAUGUCCUAUCACAGCUCCUUUAACCCUCAGUCAGACAGAUAAUGCAUUCACAAGGAGGUUGAAGGGUGGCUUUAAGCUGUGGGUAGGAUAUCUUUUGGAAUAAUUCCAUUUGGUGUAGCCUCUAAAGCUAGUUUUAAAGCAUUUGCAUCAACGGUGCACACAACAGAGUGGUAUCAUGUUAAUUGUACAUUGUGAUGUUCACAAGGUUAUAUCUCUUGCUGCUUGUGGUACUCUCUAAAUCUGGUGUAUUGUUUUACAUAGAAACACACCGCACAUCAUCAUAUGUAGCAACUGCUGAAUUUACUUAGUGCUACAAUUGUUUCUCUUAUUCAAUGAACUGUGAUUGGCCAGGGAAGAGUGUGGAUUAAGAGAAUAGAUAUGUAUGCCUUUUUUGUCUUUUUAAUUACAGUUUCUGUGCAUAUUUAUCCUUGAGAUAGUGAUGACUUUGGCUCAUGCUAUUGCUGGACUAAAACUUCCUGCAUCCUCCACCAACCCAAUUCCAGAACCUUAGCCAUGCUUGGCCUAGUUUUACCCACAUUUUUAUAAAUGUUAGUUCCAGCUGACAGAACAAGGUAUCUGGGUGCAGCUUGACUAUUAAAGUUAUGCCAUAUCCAACAUUAUACUGAUGUUCUAUGUAGCACAAAUUGUUGACCAGUGAAUAUGAUGUAUAUACUGCUUCAGUUUUUCCCUGUAAUUUAUUGUCAGUUGUGUGUACACAAACCCCUUAUGUAAUAACAGGCACAAAGUUUGCCCAGUAGCAGUAAACCAUAGCAACCAAUAAGAUGUUGCUUUUAAACAGGUGACCAUUAAAUUCUGCCUGCUGAUUGGUUGUUAUUGGUAUUGCUCCUGGCCAUAAUUAGUUUCUUUUAUUACAAAACCCCUACAUGUCUCUCUUGCACCUGCUUUCUAAGAACUGUGUUAAUAACCCAGUGGGUGGGCCAUAAGUACAGAAUUGUGUGUGUGUUAAAUACAUUCUUCGCUUUCCAGUUUGCUGUGUGCAUUGGUGCCAUAACUUUUGUGCAUGCUCAGAUGGAACCUAUACCCGUUUAGCCAUAGCAUUUCUCCUAUGUUUGCAUAAUUUCUCCCAAAGUACUAUUGGUACACCCCUUUCUCUCUUUUUUUCUCCUUCUGUCUUUAGUACUUGCAGUAUCGCUCAGUGGAACAUCACUAGUGUUCUCUGUUCUGCAGAUACCUAUGGAGAAUGCCCUGGCUGAGUCAAGCACCCUGCAUAUGUACAGUAUAUAGAAAUAAGCUGAAGCACUAGGUUUUAUGUAGGCACAGUGACCCGUUCCUGUUAAAAUUGGAACGUGUCACUAUAACUUUAACUUAGUGCCCUGGGCACUAGAUGUAAUACACAUAUUCAUUUAAGAGAAAUAAUAACCUUUGUUUCUAAAAAUGGUUUAUCUGUAAUACAAAACACAUACAAGCAAGUUAAAGUAAUAGUGACACAUUCCAAUUUUAAAAGGAACAUGUCAUUAUUUCCCUGCAUAAACCCUGGUGCUUCUAUGCUUCUAUUCUUUUGUAAUGUAGGAGCCCCCCUGCCCUACCCCUUACUAACCUGUGGCGGUUUCCGGCACAUGAUGUAGUUGAGCAGCUUCCUGGUUUACAUUGCACUGUGAGGGUGGGGCAGUGUUCUCAUAGGCUGGGGUACUGUUUACAUUUGUCCUCCAGCCUAUGAGAGCCUUGUCCUGCCCCCAAGCGCACUAUUAACCACUAAGCUGUUCAACUUCAAGCCAUGCCAAAGACCGACAUAGGUUAGUAAAAGAAUAGCAUUGCUAGGGUUUAUAUAGGCAUAGUGACACGUUCCUUUUAAAACUUAGAAAGUGAUACUAUCCCUUUAAUUGCUUCCAGAAAAAAUUAGCCACAGUGUGUGUAUGUGUGAAUGUCAUUGGGACUUAGACUGUAAACUGUACUGGGCAGGGAUUGAUGUGUAUGAUGGAUAAUAAUUUGCUAAGUGCCCUGUAGUUGAGCAGGAAGGAAGGAAUUAGUAAAUCCGGGCCUGCGUUUGCGUGGAGGUAUAGUCCAGCGAUAGUUGGCGUGCCACUGUUCCUUGGGAUAGUGUCUCAUUAUUGCCUCAUGUUUAUAGGGGGACAUCAUGACAGGAGAGGAGACUCUGUUUUGUUUGUUUGUGUGUGUGUGUGUGUGGUCCUCACCGAUUUCUCUUUUACAAUGUGUCUGUGUCCCAUGGUUAUGCUUGCACAAAAGCACCUGGAAUGAGUUGUGAAAUCAUUUUAAUUAUGUAUUUUAUCUGCUAUUACUAGAUCAUAUAAAGCUGGCGCAGUCAUCAGACUGUUGCACAUCAUCCACACUGUGAAAUGGUUUGUUGUAAUCCUGCUGGUUUCAGUUAAUGCUGUGUAAUCUCUCAGACUGAUUGUACUUUAAUACAUGUAAACAGCACUUAGCUUUCUGGCAUCAUUCAGCGUAUGGCUGCUCUAAUGAUCUGCCUGAAAUGAAAAGUGCCAUUGUCCAGAUUUGCACUUAUUUUAGCCUUAAGUUUUUUAAAAAAAUAAAAUAAAAUAAAUUUAGCAAUCAAAAAAAAUGAUUUUAACUCAUCUCAUAACUUUGCCUUGCUGGUACUUAUCUAGUACUGUGAGAGUGUGGUCCAAAUGAAAAAAAAAAGCAUAGAGCUAUUUAUUUGAAAAACAUGAGCUGUGUUAUAAGUAAUGGCCACAAGGUUCCAUUCUGAAACCCCUAAGGUGAAAUAAUACCUGUCCUUUAAUUAUGGAAACAUGGGGGGGGGGGGCUGCACUACUCACAGUAUGCUCAUGAAGUUAUUGCUCAACAGAUUUUAUUUAGUCAACUAAUUGUUAAUGGAAAAUAUAACCUGUUUUUAAUUGUAAGCUAGUGAUUUAUUUCCCUCAAUUACAAGUACAUGUAUCAGCUGCAUUGCCUGUCUUGGCAGUUAUAAGCUUUAAUAGGGAGGCAUGUAGAACAACGCCUUACUAGCCAUACAGAGAGAGUGCACUUUGAUAUGGAGUUUUUGCUUGGGAGAAGCAAUAUUGCAGGCAGUUCAUAAUUCUGUGUAAUAAAAAAGAGACACUAAAUGAUCAAACAAUGGCAGCACUUAAUUCUUCUCAAUGACUUCAUAAAUCAUCAAUGGGUUUCUUUCCUUUUCCCUUGAAUUUAAACAUACAUCUUCCUUAAGGGCUCAUCCAUGCUAUAGAUGUUGGGCAGAGUUGUGCCAGGCCACCACUAACCAGGCUGUCUGGCCAAGAAUGGUCCUACAAUUUUUAGAGUGCAUGAAGCCUUAUCAUUUUUGGGAAUUCUUCAUACAAUUUCAAUACAUACCUUAUGCUUUCUUCCCAACAGCAGGGAGAUUAUAUUUAUUCUAAAGGAAUAAUAUUCAACUCCUAUAAAUAUUGCACUGUGGUGUCUCACACAUUCACAGUAAGAUUCUGAUUUUUCAGUCAAAAUUACCAAGAAUUUUAAACUGCUGCUUUAGCUCAUGGAACUUUGUAUGACUGUAAAACGUGUUUAAAGGGUGGAACUAGAGAUUGAUUGGUAUUUUAGUGUGGGUCAUUGACAUUCCUGCUGCUGCAUCACUUUAUUUAAGGACUUGUUUUAGAAGUCUGCUCAUCACUCCACUUUUCCAUUUCCUGUAAUGAUAGAGACCAGUUUGCUCUCUUGUAAGUGUAUAAGGAUGAAUCCAUGCAUAUCACUGUACAGUAAUGUUAGGUUGUGCUUUAUAUUUGUUCUCUCACUUCUCUUUCCACCCUUGUUUUCCUUCAUGUAUUUCUGUUCUUUCUUUCUUUUUAAUUGAACAAAGAGCAUACCGAAUGUUAGUCAUUUUUACCGGACUGAAAAUAACAUUUUUAUUUGCCGUUUGCGUUAUGUUAUGUCUGGCUGAAAAGCCGGACUAAUGAUUACACUAAUAAAGUAUUAACAGAAA